GGCCCGGGGCAGCCCAGUGGUCCCGCCCGCCCACGGCCGCCUCCCUCCUUCCCUCCCGCCGGCGCUCCUCAUGGAAAAAUCCAAAAAUUUCCGCAUCGACGCGCUGCUGGCUGUCGACCCCCCCAAGGCGGCGGCGGCGGGGCAGAGCGCGCCGCUGGCCCUGGUCACCUCGCUGGGAGGCAGCGGGAGCAGCAGCAGCGGGAGCGGCAGCCCGCCGUCCUCGUCUUCCUCGUCUUCCUCGUCGUCCUCUUCGUCCUCCUCCGAGCAUCCCGCCGGCGGCCCCGCCGACUGCCUGCGCACCGACAGCCCGUCCCCGCCGCGGCUCCUGGCCGCGCACUGCGCGCUGGUCCCCAAGCCCGGGUUCCUGCCCGGGGCGGGCGCGGGAGCCCACCCGCACCACCACGCCUCGGCGGCCGGCAUGGCCCUGGGACUGCACCCCGCGGCGCCCGGCGGGCCGGGAAUGCCGGCGCAGGCGGCCCUGUACGGGCACCCCGUGUACGGGUACUCGGCGCUGGGCGGGCAGCACCCGGCGCUCUCCUACCCCUACUCGCAGGUGCAGGGAGCGCACCCCUCGCACCCCGCCGCCGACCCCAUCAAGCUCAGCGCCGGCACCUUCCAGCUGGACCAGUGGCUCCGGGCCUCCACAGCCGGCAUGAUCCUGCCCAAGAUGCCCGACUUCAACUCCCAGGCGCAGUCCAACCUGCUGGGGAAGUGCCGCCGGCCUCGCACGGCCUUCACCAGCCAGCAGCUGCUGGAGCUGGAGCACCAGUUCAAGCUCAACAAGUAUCUCUCGCGGCCCAAGCGCUUCGAGGUGGCCACGUCGCUCAUGCUGACCGAGACACAGGUGAAGAUCUGGUUCCAGAACCGACGCAUGAAGUGGAAGCGCAGCAAGAAGGCGAAGGAGCAGGCGGCGCAGGAGGCCGAGAAGCAGAAGGGGGGCGGAGGGGAGGACAAGGGGGAUGAGGACCUGCUGCUCCCCGCCCCCGAGAAGAGCGGCGGGAGGAGGAUGCGGGAACUGCCCGACAGCGAACCUGAGGACGAGGAAGAGGAGGAGGAGGAAGAGGAGGUGGCGGCGGCGGCCGGGAGGUGCUGCCCGUACCACUCCUCCGACUGCUCCGAGGCGGACGAGGAGGACACGCAGCCCCGGGGCCGGCACGGGGCCCCGUCGCAGUCCCAGUGAGCCCCCCCCGCACGCCCCGCUCCCUCCAGCCGUCCUUCCGUAGGGGAGUCCUGCCGCUCGUGGUUGGCACCGGCCCCGCUCUCUCCCUUGUUCCGAUUUCUCCCUGCUUGGAGAGGGAUGGAGAAGAGGAUCCUCCGCAUGCCGGGCGGGGAAGAGGAUUUACGGUGAAUACAGUGUUAUUAUUGACUGAAAAACAGACAAAACUUGAGCUCCCCACCCCCCAUCCCUGCCCCCUGGAAGCUCGUUCCUUUCGCUAAGUAUUGGAAGUGUUUUGUUCUUACUAUAUAUCGGGAAAACUGUUUAUGUCAUGAACGUUAAA